AUGGAGGACUUGAAAACUUCUAACCGACUGUUUCACAAGUCGUCGUUCAGCAUCAGCAGCCUGUUGUGGAGGAGAGAGGGGGCGAUGGGCGAGCAGGAGGCUCCAUCUCCGUCCCAGAGACCGCGCCCCGCGCACACCGAAAGACACAGCCCAGAGGGAAACUUUUUCAACGAGAAGAACUGUGCAAACUUCAAACAGUGCGCUAAAAUGGACAGCAAAUCGACUGAGAAUGGAGAUGGGAAUAAGGAAGAAGAAAAGAAAAGUGGAGGAACUGAAGAAAGUGUUAAACCUGAGAAACCUCCAUUCAGUUACAACGCGCUCAUCAUGAUGGCUAUCCGCCAAAGCCCGGAGCGACGGCUCACUCUCAACGGCAUCUAUGAGUUUAUCAUGGGGAACUUCCCUUACUAUCGACAGAACAGACAGGGGUGGCAAAAUUCAAUCAGGCACAACCUGAGUCUGAACAAGUGCUUUGUGAAAGUCCCGCGCCACUAUGAUGACCCUGGCAAGGGCAACUACUGGAUGUUGGACCCUUGCAGUGAGGACGUCUUCAUAGGAGGGACAUCGGGGAAACUCAGGCGCAGAGCUGCACCCGGCUCCAGAGCCAAGCUUGGUCUAAAAAGAGGAGGAGGUCGUCUGAUGUCCACUGGCGCCGCGGCGAGUGUUACUUUGGCCGCAGCAAGUUCUUUUUACUGGCCGGUGCCGCCGUUUCUACCUCUCCAGACGCCGGGGCGCACACACCUGGGCGCGGGGACCUACCUGAGCGCUCACCCCCGCAUCUCCAACCACGCCACUUCGGUGGUUUCACAGCGGGCACGGCUCAGCGCAAGCGCCUCGGACACCGAGCGGUUCGUGCAGACGCACCAGGAGAUGUCUUACAUCGGAGUCAGCUGCGCGCAGUCGCGUGCCCAUCAGAUUGGCACGGCCUGCACCGCCUUCGCCACCUCCAUCCCCGCCUGCACGCUGCCACUGUCGGAUCCCUGCUCUUUUAACAUGAUUUCCGGGCAAGCCAGCUACUUUUACUCUCACCAAAUACCGUGCGCCGCCGCGUUUAGUCCGUGCCAAGAGGAAUGCGCCGUCUCCAAGACGUCUCCGGGACAGUUUUUAUCCAAGAGCGGUCACUCGGACCUGGGAGUGUGCUGUAGUGACUUCCCAAAUUACUACCCUCAAAUCUGUUCAAGCCCUCCGUCGUCUUGGAAUAUAGAGAAAUGA